GGCGAGGGAGUCGCGUAUCGCGGCAGGAUGCUGGUGGAGCUGGAGACCAAACUGGUGGAGCACGUGGAGCAGAAGGUGGAGGACAUUUCCGCGGAUGACAUCCUGCGGGUGGAGAAGUACCUGCGCCGUCGGAAGUACUCCCUCUUCGCUGCCUUCUACUCGGCCACCAUGCUCCAAGACGUGGACGACGCCAUUCAGUUUGAGGUCAGCAUCGGCAACUACGGCAACAAGUUUGACAACACCUGCCUGCCCUUGGCCUCCACCACGCAGUACAGCCGGGCCGUCUUUGACGGUUGUCAGUAUUACUACCUGCCCUGGGGCAACGUGAAGCCUGUGGUGGUGUUGUCAUCCUACUGGGAAGAUAUCAGCUACCGGACUGACGCCCAAAACCUUCUCCAACACGCAGCAGACAGGCUGGAAGCAAACCUGGAGAAGGUCCACCUUGCUCUCAAGGCCAACCGCUCGCCGAGUGAGCUGGACGCCCUGGGUGCCCAGCUGAUGGAUGACAUCAUCGCCGACUGCAGCGUCACCCUGCCCGACGUCCUGGGGAAGCCGGCCAGCACCCACCUGGACCAGAGCAUGUACCGGUUUCGCAGCACCAACCUGGAGCAGAUCGUGAAGGCGGCCCUGAGGCUCAAGCACGAGGACUCGAGCCUGUCGGCAGCGCUGGAGCAGGCAGAGGACUGGCUCUCCAGGCUGAAGAGGAGGUAACGCUCUCCCCAGAACAGCCUGCCCGAUAUCGUGAUCUGGAUGCUGCAAGGAGACAAGCGCGUGGCAUACGCCCGUGUGCCGGCCCACGAGGUCCUCUUCUCCCAGGGCAUCUCCAGCUGCUGCGGCAGGAACUGCGGGAAGCUGCAGACCAUCUUCCUGAAGUACCCCCAGGAGGAGGCGACAGGUCCGAAGAUCCCAGCCCAGAUCCGGGUCCAGCUCUGGUUCGGGCUGUCUGUUGACGAGAAGGAGUUCAACCAGUACGCCGAGGGGAAGCUCUCCGUCUUCGCUGAAACCUAUGAGAACCAGACCAAGCUGGCACUGGUGGGGAACUGGGGCACCACCGGCCUGACCUACCCCAAAUACUCAGAUGUCACCGGCAAGAUCAAGCUGCCCAAGGACAGCUUCCGCCCCUCCACGGGCUGGACCUGGGCCGGAGACUGGUUCAUCUGCCCGGAGAAGACGUUGCUGCACGACGUGGACGCCGGGCACCUGAGCUUCGUGGAGGAGGUGUUUGAGAACCAGGUCCGGCUGCCCGGAGGCCAGUGGAUCCACAUGACCGAUGCCUACACUGACGUGAACGGAGAGAAGGUCCUGAAUAAGGAUGAGAUUGAGUGUCCUCCGGGCUGGAAGUGGGAAGACGUGGAGUGGGACACAGACCUCAACAGAGCUGUGGAUGAGAAAGGCUGGGAGUACGGCAUCACCAUCCCGCCGGACCGCAAGCCCAAGGCCUGGGUGCCGGCCGAGAAGAUGUACCACACCAACCGGCGACGGCGCUGGGUGCGGCUCCGCCGGAGGGACCUGGCACAGAUGGAGGCCAUGAGGAAGCACAAGCAGGAGGAGCUGGAUGGGGAGGGCUGGGAGUACGCCUCGCUCUUCGGAUGGCGCUUCCACCUGAAGCAUCGCCGGACCGACACCUUCCGCCGGCGCCGCUGGAGGCGCCGGAGGGAGCCCCUGGAGCGCCCCGGGGCCGCCGCUGUCUUCGCCUUGGAGGGGGCUCUGGGGGGAGUUACAGAUGACAGGAGCGAUGAUGGCAAAUCCCUCUCCACCCUCAGUUUCGGUGUCAACAGACCCACCAUCUCCUGCAUUUUUGACAGUGGGAACAGGUACCACCUCCGCUGCUACCUGUACCAAGCACGGGAUCUGAUCGCCAUGGAUAAGGACAGCUUUUCGGAUCCUUACGCCAUUGUCUCCUUCCUCCACCAAAGCCAGAAGACUGUGGUGAUCAAGAACACCCUGAACCCUACCUGGGACCAAACCCUCAUCUUCUAUGAGAUAGAGAUCUUUGGGGACCCCCAGAACGUGUCUGACUCCCCUCCCAACAUCGUGGUGGAAAUCUAUGACCACGACACCUACGGAGCAGAUGAGUUCAUGGGGCGCUGCAUUUGCAAGCCCAGCCUGGCACGCUCACCACGGCUCUCCUGGCACCCGGUCAUCAAGGCGAACAGAAACGUCGGGGAGCUGCUGGCUGCCUUUGAGCUGAUUCAGAGGGAGAAGCCGGCUGUCCAUCACAUCCCUGGCUUUGAGCUCCAUGAGCUGUCCUCCAGCCUGGAUGAGUCUGAGGACUCUGACCUGCCGUACCCCCCGCCCCAGCGGGAGCCCAACAUUUACAUGGUCCCCCAAGGAAUCAAACCGGUCCUGCAGCGCACGGCCAUUGAGAUCCUGGCCUGGGGGCUGAGGAACCUCAAGAGCUACCAGCUGGCCAGCGUCACCUCGCCCAGCCUGCUGGUAGAGUGCGGAGGCCAGCUCGUGCAGUCCUGUGUCAUCAAGAACGUCAAGAAGAACCCCAACUUUGAUGUCUGCGUGCUCUUCAUGGAAGUGCGUUUACCCAAGGAGAGCCUGUACAGUCCCCCCAUCAUCGUCAAAAUCAUUGACAACAGGCCGUUUGGCCGAAGGCCCGUGGUGGGGCAGUGCACCAUCCGCUCGUUGGAGGACUUCUACUGCGACCCCUACCGAGAGGAGACGGAUGGUCCCCAGGAGCACUCAGAUGAUGUGAGCCUCACGCCCAGGGACGACGUCCUCAUUGACAUCGAUGACAAAGAGCCUCUCAUUCCUGUCCAGGAGGAAGAGUUCAUUGACUGGUGGAGCAAAUUCUAUGCUUCCACGGGAGAGAGAGAAAAAUGUGGCUGCUAUUUAGAGAAGGGCUUUGACACCCUGAAGGUCUACGAGACGGAACUGGAGAACGUGGAGGACUUUGAGCAUCUCUCCGACUUCUGCCACACCUUCAAGCUGUAUCGAGGCCGGUCGCAGGACUCGAACGAUGACCCCUCGGUCGUGGGGGAGUUCAAGGGUUCGUUCAAAAUUUACCCUCUCCCGGAUGAUCCGCGAGUCCCCGUGCCACCUCGGCAGUUCCAUCAACUCCCAGCCAGAGGACCCCAGGAGUGUCUUGUCAGGGUCUACGUCAUCCGGGCCUUUGACCUCCAACCCAAGGACACUAAUGGAAAGUGCGAUCCCUACGUGAAGAUUUCAGUGGGAAAGAAAUACAUCAAUGACCAAGAAAACUACCUUCCCUGUACGCUGGAGCCUGUCUUUGGAAAGAUGUUUGAGCUGAGCUGCACUCUGCCCCUGGAGAAGGACUUGAAGGUCACACUCUAUGACUACGACCUCCUGUCGAAGGAUGAGAAGAUUGGGGAGACCGUCAUAGACCUGGAGAACCGGUUCCUGUCAAAAUACGGGGCACGCUGUGGCCUCCCCCAAACCUACUGCAUCUCUGGACCCAACCAGUGGCGAGACCAACUCCGUCCUUCCCAGCUGCUUCACCUCUUCUCCCUGCAGCACAACUACAAGGCUCCCACCUACAAGUCCGACCGGGUCAUCUUCAGGGAACACGAAUACAUCCUCUCUGAACUGGAGGAUGGCAAACCCCUCAACCCGCACCUGGGGCCGGUCGAGGAGCGUCUCGCCCUGUACGCGCUGAGGAAGCAAGGGCUGGUGCCGGAGCACGUGGAGACGAGGCCUCUUUACAGCCCCCUCCAGCCAGAAAUCGAGCAGGGGAAGCUACAGAUGUGGGUGGACCUGUUUCCAAAAUCUCUGGGUCAGCCUGGCCCCCCUUUCAACAUCACUCCACGCAAAGCCAAGAGGUUCUUCUUGCGCUGCAUCAUCUGGAACACCAAGGACGUCAUCCUGGAUGACCUCAGCAUCACCGGGGAGAAGAUGAGUGACAUCUACGUCAAAGGCUGGCUGAUUGGGCACGAGGAAAACAAGCAGAAGACAGAUGUGCACUACAGGUCUAUGGGAGGAGAGGGCAACUUCAACUGGAGAUUCGUCUUCCCGUUUGAGUAUCUCCCUGCUGAGCAAAUGUGUUACAUUGCAAAAAAGGAGCACUUUUGGAGCUUGGAUAAGACAGAAAACAAGAUUCCACCACAGCUUAUCUUCCAGAUCUGGGACAAUGACAAGUUCUCUUUUGAUGACUAUUUGGGCUCCAUUCAGAUGGAUCUCAACAAGAUGCCCAAACCCGCCAAGACUGCUGAGAAGUGCUCCUUAGAGCUAGUAGAUGACACCUUGUCUUCAAGUCGCUUCGUGUCACUCUUUGAGCAGAAAACCGUCAAGGGAUGGUGGCCCUGUGUUGCUGAGCAGGAUCAAAAGAAGAUCCUGGCGGGCAAAUUGGAAAUGACUUUGGAAAUUGUGGCAGAACAAGAGCAUGAAGAGCGGCCAGCUGGCAUGGGUCGGGAUGAACCAAAUAUGAACCCCAAGCUGGAGGACCCCAAGCGCCCAGAGACCUCCUUCCUGUGGUUCACCUCCCCGUACAAGACCCUGAAGUACAUCUUGUGGCGGCGGUACAAGUGGGUGGUUAUCCUGGCCAUCGUGCUCUUCAUUUUGCUGCUCUUCCUGGGAAUCUUCAUUUACGCCUUCCCGAACUACGCUGCUAUGAAACUGGUGAAACCUUUCAACUGA